CUUCAUUGUGAAUUCACGCCUGCGGAACAUUUCUCGAUUAAUUAAUAUUCUUUUGUAGAUUUAACUAAAUCUCAAUUAAAAAAAUACUUAUCAGCAUUGUGUUAACGAAUUUGCAAUAAUUGAAAGUAAAUACAUAUAACUUUGCACCAUGGCUGCAGCAUUAUUUAAUCGAAUUGGUCAGUUGGGACUUGGGCUUGCAGUUGUAGGCGGCGUUGUAAAUUCAGCUUUAUAUAAUGUCGAUGGAGGACACAGAGCCGUGAUAUUUGACAGGUUUUCGGGAAUUAAAAAUAGUGUUGUUGGAGAAGGAACACAUUUUUUCAUUCCAUGGGUGCAAAGGCCAAUCAUUUUUGAUAUCAGAUCACAACCUCGUAAUGUCCCAGUUGUUACGGGCAGCAAAGAUCUUCAAAAUGUAAACAUCACUUUACGUAUUUUAUUCAGACCUAAACCUGAUCAAUUGCCAAAAAUCUAUACUAUACUAGGUAUUGAUUAUGAUGACAGAGUUCUUCCAUCUAUCACAACUGAAGUCUUGAAAGCAGUAGUUGCACAAUUUGAUGCAGGAGAAUUGAUUACCCAAAGAGAGUUGGUUUCCCAAAAAGUAAGUGAAGAUUUAACAGAACGAGCAGCACAAUUUGGGGUUAUUUUGGAUGAUAUCUCUAUUACACAUUUGACCUUUGGUAAAGAAUUCACACAUGCCGUUGAAUUGAAACAAGUUGCACAACAAGAAGCUGAAAAGGCUAGAUUCUUAGUAGAAAAGGCUGAACAACAGAAAAAGGCUGCUGUCAUCAGCGCUGAGGGAGAUGCCCAAGCUGCCUUGCUGUUGUCAAAAUCUUUAGCUGAAGCUGGUGAUGGUUUAGUUGAGCUUCGUCGUAUUGAAGCAGCUGAAGAUAUUGCUUAUCAAUUAUCAAGAUCUAGGCAAGUGUCAUAUAUUCCAACUACAGGCCAAAACUUCUUGUUAAACCUACCUCAAUAAAUUACAUGUUACUUUUAUUGUGAGUCUUAAAUUUUAUAUUAUUUAGCAUACAAAAAA